CUCGGAUGGUGGUGGACGAUGAUGUCCCGUAGCGCGGGAGCAGGAGGAUGUUCGGCUGCGGCUACCGGACACAGUUCAUCAACGGGCGCAAGGAGAAGUUCGUGAGGCUCGCGGAGGAGGAGGAGGCAGCGCCGGCGAGCCUCCCCGCGCGGGCCACAAUGGACCACCACGGUCACGGCCACGGCGGCGGGUUCCACAUGGACAGCUACUUCUCCGGCAACCCUGCCGCGGCGGCGGCCAAGUUCCGUGCGCGGUCGGUGCGCGUGGCGGCGGGCGUGAUGAACCGGUCGGAGCGGCUCAAGAGCAUCGGGCUGGUGUUCCAGGAGGACUUCCGGAAGAUGUCCCAGAAGGUGUUCGACCCGCAGGACGCGUUCCUGGCGCGCAUGAACCGCGCCUUCGUCUUCGCCUGCAUCGUCUCCGUCGCCAUCGACCCGCUCUUCCUCUACCUGCUCGCCGUCAAGUACACGGACAAGAACACCUGCAUCGGCUUCGACCGCAACCUGGCCACGGUGGCCACCGUGGUGCGCACCGCCGUGGACGCCUUCUACCUCUCCCGCAUCGCGCUGCAGUUCCGGACGGCCUACAUCGCGCCGUCGUCGCGAGUGUUCGGGCGCGGCGAGCUGGUGAUCGACUCGGCCGCCAUCGCGCGACGCUACCUCCGCCGCUUCUUCGCCGUCGACCUCCUCGCCGUGCUGCCGCUGCCGCAGGUCUCCAUCUGGAACUUCCUCAACCGGCCCAAGGGCGCCGACCUGCUGCCCACCAAGAACGCGCUGCUCUUCACGGUGCUGGCGCAGUACGUGCCCCGGCUGGUGCGCUUCUACCCCAUCACCUCCGAGCUCAAGCGCACCGCCGGCGUCUUCGCCGAGACGGCCUUCGGCGGCGCCGCCUUCUACCUCCUCCUCUACAUGCUGGCCAGCCACGUCCGUCAUCCAUCUAUGCAUGGAUCAAUGGUCGGGGCGUUCUGGUACCUGCUGGCGAUCGAGCGGCUGGACGACUGCUGGCGGGACAAGUGCCUGAACCUCAACUUCCACCAGUGCCGGACCUACAUGUACUGCGGCGGCGGCAGCCAGGGGCAGUCGGGGUUCCUCGAGUGGCGCACCAUGAUCCGGCAGGUGCUGCAGCAGGAGUGCGCCCCCGUCGACCGGACCGGCACGGGGUUCCCCUACGGCAUCUACACGACGGCGAUCCAGUCCGGCGUCUACUCCACCGAGAACCUCACCGCCAAGAUCCUCUUCUGCCUGUGGUGGGGCCUGCAGAACCUGAGCACCAUCGGGCAGGGCCUGGAGACGACGCACUACAAGGGGGAGCAGCUCUUCUCCAUCACCCUCGCGCUCGUCGGCCUCAUCCUCAUGGCGCUGCUCAUCGGCAACAUGCAGACCUACCUCCAGUCCAUGACGCUCCGCCUCGAGGAGAUGCGCCUCAAGCGCCGGGACUCGGAGCAGUGGAUGCACCACCGCGUCCUCCCCGACGACCUCCGCGACCGCGUCUGGCGCCACAACCAGUACAAGUGGCUCGAGACCCGCGGCGUCGACGAGGACAGCCUCGUCCGCGGCCUGCCCAAGGACCUCCGCCGCGACGUCAAGCGCCACCUCUGCCUCCGCCUCGUCCGCCGCGUCCCGCUCUUCGCCAACAUGGACGAGCGCCUCCUCGACGCCAUCUGCGAGCGCCUCAAGCCCAGCCUCUGCACCGAGUCCACCUACAUCGUGCGGGAGGGGGACCCCGUCGACGAGAUGCUCUUCAUCAUCCGGGGCAGGCUCGAGAGCUCCACCACCGACGGCGGCCGGAUGGGGUUCUACAACCGGGGCCUGCUCAAGGAGGGGGACUUCUGCGGCGAGGAGCUGCUCACGUGGGCGCUCGACCCAAAGGCCGCCGCCAACUUCCCGCUCUCCACGCGCACCGUCAGGGCCAUCUCCGAGGUCGAGGCCUUCGCCCUCCGCGCCGAGGAGCUCAAGUUCGUCGCCGGCCAGUUCCGGCGCCUGCACAGCAAGCAGCUGCAGCAGACCUUCCGGUUCUACUCUCAGCAGUGGCGGACCUGGGCGUCCUGCUUCAUACAGGCCGCCUGGAGGAGGCACCUCAAGCGGAAGGCGGCGGAGCAGCGCCGGCGGGAGGAGGAGGAGAUGGAGGCCGACGAGGCGGACGCGUCGGGGGCCUCCACCAGCCGCUUCAAGACCACCCUCCUCGUGUCGCGCUUCGCCAAGAACGCCAUGCGCGGCGUGCAGCGGCAGCGAUCCGUCAGGGCAGACAGCCUCAUCAUGCUGCCCAAGCCGCCAGAGCCGGACUUCGGAUCCAUGGACUACUGAGCAUCGUCGCUCGUCAGAUUAUUAUUACCAGUAAGUUUUCUUUUUUUAGUUAUUAUACAACUGAAAGUCUGAAACCAAAAGAUUGGUACUCCAAUCAUGGAACCUGACAGUGGCACAAUCCUGCAACUGCUGAAUGAUGUGCAGGGAUAAUAAACAAAAAUGCAUAGGA